AUGCUGGUGCACACUUAUUCCGCGAUGGAACGCCCCGACGGGCUGGGCGCAGCGGCUGGCGGCGCCCGCCUGUCGUCUUUGCCACAGGCAGCCUACAGGUCAGCGCCACCGCUCUGCCACACGCCGGCCGCCGCCGCUGCCGCCGACUUCCAGCCGCCCUACUUCCCGCCGCCCUACCCGCAGCCGCCGCUGCCCUACGGCCAGGCGCCCGACGCCGCCGCCGCCUUUCCCCACCUGGCCGGGGAUCCUUAUGGCGUCCGCCAAUUGUUGUUCGUGACUCCGCGUAUGCGUCCCACGACGCGGCCUGGCAUUGAGGCGGUGUGCGGUGCCUGGCUGGCAGCCACUCUCGGCGGAGCCAUGGAUGAGCCGGGAAUGAGCCUCCUGGACCAGUCCGUGAUAAAGAAAGACCGCACUGCCAGCCGGUCGGUGGCCGAGUGGAGCGAGGUGGCUCUCUGGAGACGGGAGCGAGGGACGACCCACCCGGGACAUCGAGUCACCGCCUCGAGCGCUGCUGCGAAGGGGGAAGACAUGAGAGCUGGGGACACCUGGGGAAGGGAACGCCUGAUUUCCCGCCCGGUUCCGGAGCCAGGAGCUUGGCCUUGUGCUUUGGAGGAGAGCGAGCCAGUGCCGACGCUUUUUGGCUUCGUCAACGCCGAGGCAGGGCUGGCGCCCGGUGAUUCCGACCUUGAAGGCCCUUCCGAUGGCAUCAGGAGCCCGCGUUGUGUCCCGAAGACCCCCGGUGUCCCCUGGACACAUAAGGGACUACACCCUCGUCAUGAGUCCUGGAAUUAUAGAAAGUCGCUCUUGGCCAGCUACAGCUGGUUCCACGAAUUCCUCCCUGCCUGGCGGGAGGAGGGCUGCGUCACCGGCGUCCCCAUCUCCUCCAAAGCCAGCAGCCUCUCGGCCCUCUCAUUGGCCAAAGACAGCCUGGUUGGUGGCAUCACGAACCCCAGUGAGGUCUUCUGCUCCGUGCCUGGCCGGCUCUCACUGCUCAGCUCAACGUCCAAGUACAAGGUGACGGUGGGGGAGGUGCAGCGGCGACUCUCGCCUCCUGAGUGCCUCAACGCUUCCCUCCUGGGGGGCGUCCUCCGCAGGGCCAAGUCCAAGAAUGGGGGCCGGUGCCUGCGGGAACGGCUGGAAAAGAUCGGGCUUAACCUGCCAGCAGGCCGGCGCAAGGCCGCCAAUGUGACGCUGCUGACUUCACUGGUGGAGGGAGAGGCCGUACACCUGGCCCGAGACUUUGGCUAUGUCUGUGAGACUGAGUUCCCAGCCAAGGUAGCUGCCGAGUACCUGUGCCGACAGCAUGCUGACCCUGGGGAACUGCACAGCCGCAAGAGCAUGCUGCUGGCUGCCAAGCAGAUCUGUAAGGAAUUUGCGGACUUGAUGGCUCAGGACCGCUCGCCGCUGGGCAACAGCCGCCCAGCACUCAUCCUGGAACCCAGUGUGCAGAGUUGCCUGACACACUUUAGCCUCAUCACACAUGGUUUUGGAGGGCCCGCCAUCUGUGCCGCCCUCACUGCCUUCCAGAACUACUUGCUGGAGUCACUCAAGGGGCUGGACAAGAUGUUUCUAAGCAGUGCGGGCAGUGGGCAUGGUGACACCAAGGCUUCAGAAAAGGAUACCAAGCAUCGGAAAUAA